AUUGUUCUCAGCUUGCCAGCAUUGGAACUGAUCUCUUAAGGUGUCACUCGAACCAGAAACCUGCUGAAGUACAGAAUGAGAAGGGAACAAACUUGAUGAAAGAAGUGAUUUGCUUUUUAAAAUCUUCAGAGAAAUGGUUUGGGUUUUUAUUUUCCACGUGAAUUGUUUGGAUCUGGGAUGUUAGAAAGCAUUUCUGGGCUGGUCUAUUUAAAGUAGCCUUCAGUAGAGCUGAAGUGCUGAGUGUGUGUGCCUAAAAGGAUCCAUCUUCAAGUAGAAUGAAGUUAGAGAGAGGAGAGACAUGCAGAGAUCAAGAUGGAGACUUGUCAGGGACAAUUUCACUUGUUAUGACGCAGUGUUGUAAAAGAAUAAAGGACACAGUUCAAAAACUGGCCUCUGAUCACAAAGACAUUCACAGCAGUGUAUCCCGAGUUGGAAAAGCCAUUGAUAAGAACUUCGACUCUGACAUCAGCAGCGUGGGGAUAGAUGGGUGCUGGCAGGCUGACAGCCAGCGGAUCCUCAACGAGGUGAUGGUGGAGCACUUCUUCCGGCAGGGGAUGUUGGAUGUGGCCGAGGAACUGUGUCAGGAAUCUGGUCUAUCAAUAGAUCAGAGUCAGAAAGAACCAUUUGUGGAAUUAAAUCGAAUAUUGGAAGCAUUAAAAGUUAGAGUUCUGAGACCUGCGUUAGAGUGGGCAGUAUCCAACAGAGAAAUGCUUAUGGCACAAAAUAGUUCGCUGGAGUUCAAACUACACAGGUUAUAUUUCAUUAGUUUAUUGAUGGGAGGAACAGCAAAUCAAAGAGAAGCACUUCAGUACGCGAAGAACUUCCAGCCAUUUGCCCUAAACCAUCAGAAAGAUAUUCAGGUUUUGAUGGGCAGCCUGGUGUACCUGAGGCAAGGCAUAGAGAACUCGCCGUACGUUCAUCUAUUAGAUGCAAAUCAGUGGGCGGACAUCUGUGACAUCUUCACAAGAGAUGCCUGUGCUCUUCUGGGUCUCUCAGUUGAAUCACCGCUCAGUGUUAGUUUUUCAGCAGGUUGUGUAGCAUUACCAGCUCUAAUUAAUAUCAAGGCAGUUAUUGAACAAAGGCAGUGCACAGGUGUUUGGAACCAGAAGGAUGAACUACCGAUUGAAGUGGACCUUGGUAAAAAGUGCUGGUACCAUUCAAUAUUUGCCUGUCCCAUUCUCCGUCAGCAAACAACAGAUAAUAAUCCACCUAUGAAAUUAGUCUGUGGUCAUAUUAUAUCAAGAGAUGCUUUGAAUAAAAUGUUUAAUGGCAGCAAAUUAAAAUGCCCCUAUUGUCCGAUGGAACAGAGUCCUGGAGAUGCCAAACAGAUAUUUUUCUGAAGAGAAGCUUCGUUAUGAUGCGGUUUGUAAGUGACACUCUGCAAUUCAGGUGCAUUUCAGGAGAAUUAAAACACACCUGUUCCAUUUUAUGCAGCAGACUGAGGACUCCUAUGUUUGUAUAAGCUAAUGCUACAGAAACUUUGCCAACAUUUAGUAUACACAUACCGAGUGGAAAACGCUACAGAAAUAUUAUUACCAUAGGGCUUUACUAUACUCUUGGUCUCCAUACCUGAUCAAGUUACUACACCAGCAGUUGUCAUUCAAUGCAGGUUUUUGUACUCAAUUAUAUGGUGACUUUUUACUUUUUAAAAGCAGAAACGGAUCCCCCCCCCCAUUUGUUUAAUAUUCCUCCUGCUAUCAUCUAUCAGUAUCCGUCACCUUAGAGAAUGUUUGUGGAAGAAGUUUUAUUUCCUGUAAUGUGUACAUAAUUAAACAGAAAAAAAAAAAGAAGAGUUUGAUAAAUUGAAUAGUGGUUAUAAAACUAAUUUGUAUUUUUUUUGCUGAAAGAGCUGUGAUAUAUUCUGAGGUUUUCUUUCCAACACUUGUUUGUUUUUUUUUUUUUUCAACUUUUACAUAGAAUUCAAAGUAAAUGUGCAUAUAUAUAAAAUAUAUAAAUAUAUAGCCCUGAGGGGCUUACCUGUUAAAAUCCAUCACUAAUUUAUAAGGGUGAUGUGUGGGUAGAUUACUGCUGGAACAGAGGGAAGAGGAAAUCCUGUUCCUUAGGUUUCAAACGUUUGUGUAAAAAAAUACUCAAUAAAACAAACUUCUGAAGUGGAACUGCUUUUAGUUGACAACGUUUGCUCUCUGUCCUUCAUAGUCAUGUUCUUUGGACUUUGUAUUCAGGAUUAGGCUAUAAAUGUCAUGUUGCUGUAUAGUUGAAUAGUCAUGAUAGUGUGCUAUUUAUAAACAGUUAUCAAAACCAAAUAAAUUGUAUAAGUAUUCAUUGUUAAAUGGGGGAAAAGCAUGUUCUGAUGCAGUCUUCUGGUCACUUGGCAGGAUUGGGCCCUACGUCACAUACUGGGAGGUAGCAAACUUUCUGUAGCUUGACAACACUUUGCUUCUAGCCUUGUUUUUGUAGUAGACUAUUACUGCCAUUGCCACUUUUUCUGCUGAAUUUGUCAUAUUGUUGACUAGGUUUGUACUCAUGAACAAGGUGUAGAUCAUGGCAGUUGGAUCUUUUUCUAGUGUGCAGAUAUUUGUAUUUAUUGCACUGUCCUAUAGUAGGGCGAGCGGCCAUAAGGCAUGCGAAGCUACGUGUAAAGUUCUAUUUCUGUAUUGUGGAGUAAAAAAACCCCAAGUUGAAUACUGACACACUGGUCGAACUCACUGACACAAUGCACUACAAGGAAGACCGUCUGUGAGACAUCUCCACCUUUUGAAUCCAUGUGGCACCUGACUUGAGAGACUGAGUUGGACUCUGUUGGAUCCCUGACGAUGGACGUCCUGGAUAGAGACACUGAGAGAGAAAAGAGAAGUCAAGGCAGACACGUUUUGAGCCUGGAGUGUGUUUGGUACGUGUGACUUUCUGCAAAGCUUCGAUUGUAUUCACACUGAGUUCCAACCAACCAGGUUACCGAGUGGUAAAACUAACAAAAAUAAACAGGUGAGGAUAUUAUUUUCCACGUA